AUGUUCAUUGAAUACUCUAGAUUACCAGGCUUCGAAAGCAUCAAUAUAUCAUUUUCUAGAGGCAUGCUAAGAUUGGCUAAAUUUACUAAUUUCGCUACAUACAAACAAAAAUUAGAGUACUUCAGGCUGUUGGCAGGUUCAAACAAAUACAUCCAACGAAUCAGCGUUGCUGACUUUGAGAGACAUCCAGAUGAAAUCAAUUAUAUUUACAUUAUACUAAUAUCCAUUCUCCAAAUGGAAGAGUGUAUGCCAGUCCUAGUUCUAUGUCCAACUGUUUAUUGGGUACGAUUCCACUGGCCUGGAAAAUGUUCCGUGAACAGUUUGAACUUUACGAAUGAAACGUUAAAAAGCGCUUUCCAUGCUGUCUUCACUCCCUAUUUUGCACUAAUGAAAAAAGUUCUUGGAAGGAUUAAAAACAACAUGUUGCUAUUUGCAGAACCUCAUGCAAAUUUAAAUAAUUUGUUUGUCAAGCAUUUCCACGAUCUCAUAUAUAAGAGCGUAAAGGAUGAAAAAACCGGCGAGGCAAUUCUGUAUUUGAGAACUAACGUUAAUGUUCCAAAUGUUUUUAUUGACGAUAAAAGAGCAGUUUUUCAUGGUGACGGUAUGAAAAUUGGAAAAUUUACCGGCAAAUUUUUAUGCUUUUCCUUCAAACGAACAAUAAGAUGGUCAAAAUUAGAUUCAGUGGAUUCUUUUGCGGUUACGACAGUAAAUUAUAGAGUAUCUGUAAAUUGGGAAAAGACACCAAGAAAGACUUUCCUUUCUCUAGACAGUGACACCAAAAAUUUACACUAUAUAUCGAAAAAGAUAUUGAAUAAAAAGGGAAAGAACGCCACUACAUCAAAAACAACAAAAAGUUCAUGCACAAGUGAGAACGUUUGCGAUGAUAAAACAUUCUCCGUCGAAUUCCCACUUACAACGUCAGCAAAAACUGAAUAUUUGUUGAGAAGUAAUUUUUCUUUAGAAAAAAUUAAUGAAAGCAACAAUCCUACCCUUCAAGAACUUACUUUAAACCGUACACAUCGCUUAUACCGAUCAAAUUUUCGCAAUGAACAAAGCACCACACAGAGGAAGUUUGAAAAAAUCGGUAGAACUGUCUCUACUGAUUCAGGCAAUAAACUGCUUACGUUUCCGGAACAAAAGGCCACAAGAGAUAGUAACCCCUUCUCAAUCGAAUUGACACAUGCAACAGUAAUUUCCAGCGACGAAAGUGCCUUAAAAGACACUACUAAUCAAGCGAUAGCCGAAAUGCAACGUAUAACUCCUGCUAUUGCAAAGACAAUCUCGAGAAGAACAGCAAAUUGGGUCUGCUCAAACCCAGCUCCUGAUCCGUAUGGGGAACCUUCAACGUGGUCCAGAAUUUUGACCCCUAAUUUGAAAAUAAUAUCGGAAUCAUCACCAUAUUAUCCAGUCCAUCUAGCUUCACCAAAUUCUACCUUUAGUAGAGAUCAAAGUGUAAGAAGUGUUGUCAUGAGGAGAAGUUCUGUAUGUGUUGAAAAACAAAAUAGUUUCUUCAGAAAUUACGAACAUUUCAAAAAUAUAUUGUCGAGAAGAACUAUUAAGGUUAAGACAUCAUGUCCUAGGCUGAGCGUUGACGUAAGUGACAACAAAAGAGAAAAUUUAUCACAAGAACACCUCAUUUUACCGAACAAAUCUAGAGAAAAAGUCAACCGAUUUAAAAAUUGCCUACAUAGAGUUGCAGAAGCGCUCAGAGCUGCCAAAGAAAACUGGGAUCAGCACAAUCCCAGGAACUCUAUUCAUUAA